UUGAAAGCUGCUCUACCAAUACUUAGUGCUUUCGGGCUGCUCGUUGGUGCAGUAUCUAUAACGCAUUUGCUCUGGUUUUUGUGCUAUUUGACAAUGACAUAUUCGGUGAUUGUUUAAACAAUUUUGUGUGUUGUGAUUUUGGACGGAUGGACUCAUCACCUGUAUUACCUAGUUGUAUUGAUCAAUUAACUCUAUUAUGUGAUUAGUUCUUUUUGUGAUCUCCUUUUUGAACUUUAUACCUAGGAAUUGCAAUAUUUAGAUAAGGCUGCUUAUUAUUGGUACUACCCCAUUCUCAUCGUCCACUGAAAAAAAAAAUAACAAAAAAGAAAAACUAUGAGAAUCCAAUAGUUUUUCUCUGACUCAAGCGUGCUGGUUUGUCGUGUAUAUUCACAAGUUUUCGGGUGUGUAAGUGUUCGUGAAUAAAACUGGUACCCCAUGAUUAUGGAGAUGACCAACGAGUACGCGGUAGGGAAGUGGUACGAAAGUCCUAGGACUGGUACUUCGGCCAGCCCCGCGCACCAGGGAAGUUUAGAAAGUUCGGGCAAUUCGUCGGACAUUAAUUCGAGUGUUGCCGAACACAUGGGAGCUUUCUUCCUGGAUCCGAGUGGAUCGCAACGGGCGAGGUACUAUCACCAAAGUAUGCAUGCACCGUAUGGAAGUGUGGCCAGUCAUGCAUCACGGAUGUCAUCGAGCCAGGUUUGCAGGCCGCAUUUCCAUCCACCUUUACAUCCGUGGUUAUCGGAUGCGUCAGCCAAACCCUUAGGUCACUCAGGCCCUUGGGUACCUUUCGGAGGAGGUGCUGGGGAUCCGGAUAAGAGCCAGAGCCCUAAUACAGCACCUGCUCAACCUCAUAACAUUUUUUCCUUUCCACCUACACCGCCCAAGGAUUCUACACCUGAUUCGGUAGCGCCAAGCGCAGGUUCGGAGUACCAAAGUGCCGUAGCUGCCGCCAUGGGAGCUUUCAUGCACGAAAAUCCCCAGAGUUGUGCCCUCGAUGUGAAACCUUCUGGAGUGAGUUCGAACGGCAAUGGAAGCAACAAACAACGUGAAGGUAGUGAAUUCGACGGGACCUCAGGUGGCAUGUUUAAUGGUAACUUUGAAAGCUCGUAUGGGGCUACGCCGUAUGGCCACGGUAUUCACGCGGGGGGCUACUCGCCCCAAAGCAAGGGUGGUUUGGGGGGCUCGGCGACAGGCCAAGUUCAGUCGCCCAAUAAGCCUAGGAAUAAGUCGAGGACGAGCGCCGAGGGACGAGAAUGUGUAAAUUGUGGUGCCACAAGUACGCCGUUGUGGAGACGUGACGGUACCGGACACUAUCUGUGUAACGCAUGUGGAUUGUAUUAUAAAAUGAAUGGACAAAAUAGGCCUUUAAUUAAACCAAAGAGAAGACUGAGUUUACAAAGCGCAGCAAGACGAGCGGGGACGAGUUGUGCGAAUUGUAAAACAACCACUACGACGCUAUGGCGGCGAAACCAAAACGGCGAACCAGUAUGUAAUGCAUGCGGGUUAUACUACAAAUUGCACAAUGUGAACCGACCGCUUACGAUGAAAAAAGAAGGUAUCCAAACUCGAAAUCGCAAGCUGUCUUCGAAAAGUAAAAAGAAAAAAUCUGGGGCAGCUUGUCUAUCGUUAGGAGGAAUGAUGGGAGAUAUGAUGAAACCUUUGGACUCAAAAGGUGGUUUUGGUCAAUUCAACUCAAUGGGCGGCGGUCAUCCUCACUUAAACGCAGCCCUUCAUCCUCACCACGCAAUGAGCCAUUGGUACCAAAAUAGUACGCAUCCUCACGGGUUCGUGAGCGGCCCACCACCUCCAGCACCACCGCCGACGGCUUCCUACCAUCACCAUAUGAGUUCCUUGAGUGCGGCUGGUUUAGGACUAACGUCGAAUGGAAUGGGUGGCUGGAGAUCGGAGUACACGUGAUAAGGCAAUGCAGACUUCUCAAAAGACAUUUUUGUAUAUAUAUAGAUUAAGCUUUUGAACAAACCUUAACGGCAAAAAUCUUAUUUCGGCGCGUUUCGGUAUAAUUCAAGGUGAUCAACACAAAUUUGGUCAUGACCUUUCUUGUGCAUGUAAAUUUUGUAUAAUUCGAUGUACAUAAAAUAAAAUAAUCGAAACCCCUUUUUCAAAGUGAAUUUUUGACCAGGUUUAAAUAUAAUUAAGUACAAAAUAAUGUUUCUUUUAGGGAAAUUUUUACUUGUGUAAAUAAAUAAUAAUAUUUAAACAUAAAAACAUAUGUGCAAUCUUGAGUUAUUGUCAGAUUUAAUAGUUAUUUAUUUUAUAAAAGACUGCUGUAAGGGAACGAACAAGCAAUUAAUGGAAAAAUAGAUUUUUUUUGUCCAAGAUAGGAUACAUUAUAUUAUUAUAAAAUAGAAUUUGAAAAAAUUAGCAAUAUAAUAACUUGACAAAAAAAUCUAUUUUUUUAGGUCUAAACUGCUAGUCUUUAUUUUUCCUUUCUCUAAAUGGUACCUAUAAAAAUUAGUUCAAUAUUUUUGGUUCUUUGAUUUUCUGGAAUUUAAAAUAAUUUAGUAGACUGAUUUUCCGAUAUAUUAGCAAAAAACACUUUCAAAAUGUUGAACUACAAUUUUAAUACAGAAAAAGACGUACUGUUUGUUUCUUAAUUUAUUUAUAUAAAAUAGUCGAUUUAUAAUCGAUUUACACCUAAAAUUAUAAUGAUUAAGAUUAGAUAAUUCGAAAAUUAAAUGGUGUA